AUGACUCAUGAUAUGAUGACUAUAGCGUGCCUUCCGCAGGAGACUAUUGACCAGAUCGCCGUGUUUGUUGGGCAUGAACGUGGAUCAAGUGCAGUACUCAAAAGCCUACGGCUGGUUAGCAGGCCAUUUUAUUACAGUGCAUCGCGUGUUCUCUUUCAGGAAUUCUACAUAACACGGGAAUAUGCGGGUUUCAAGGAGUCCGAUAGGCGAGAUGAUAUCAGGGCAUUCCUAGAGCUAUUCCGGUCUGGAACCAGUCGCUUCAUACGGGUCAUGCGAGUUUCUGGUCCCAAUCACCUGGCAUCAUCUGGACUGACUGAGGAGGAAGAAGAGGAAGAACAGGCAGACACUAUUGCGAACGCUCUUCAGGGCAAUACGCGACCAAAGCUCAAAGCACUGGAUCUUUGUAACAUCAGCGAUUCAAUGCUGCACGAAUUCUGCCAGCCUGCAAUGGCCCCUAUUAUCGCUGGUCUCCGGUAUCUCAAGAUUAUCGGAUGUCGAGGUCGCUCAAACGGUGUGGAGAUACAAACCAUCUUGCAAUACUGUGAGAGUGUGCGAGCAGUAGAGUGGAUCAACUGCGAAACCUUCUUCGAUCGGCCUACUGGUAUCAUUCACCCCAAAACCCCGUUGGAGCGCAUCAGACUUAACGGUAUGUCUGGAAACAUAGUCGCCUCUCCACUGUCCCUGCUAGCCACUGUCUGCAAUGCUCGGAAUACAAUACGAUACCUGAGUGUUUACCCUAUGAAGUGGCAAUCCGCUGCGUUAGAAGAGCAGGUCGAUGAGUUGGUGGGAGAGCUUACAUCUUGUCCCUUCCUCUAUCAUCCUAAUAUGGGCUCGUUCCCCGAGUCUCUUGCCAGACGCUAUGGCUGCAAGUCCAUUUCACAAGUCUUAAAAUCUCAUACUAAAAGGGUGAUACAUAUACUGGCAGUGCACAAUGGCUUCAAUACCAGCCCUGCCAACUCAAGUAGGCUCACCCAUCUAGAGGCAGCAUUAGGAGGCUGA